GAAUCUUUAUUACUGGAGGACCUUUUUGACAAGAUGCAGAAGUAGACAAAAGCUAAAUGAGUGGUGCGCCACUGUUUGGUGGUUUGGCUUUGAGAAAAAAUUCCCGCUACCCCAUUCUUCCCUCUCGCGUGGGUAAAUCCUGUUUCACGCUCGCCCAUGUCAAUUGAGAAAGUCGCAUUCCUCCAGCGUUACCCGGUAAGAACCACUCUAGCCAAUAGCCCACCGGAAAACUGCGCACCAGUGGGGUCGGUAAACACGUCGUGAGCUCAGAGCGUGCGAGGCUCAUUUUUACUGACACCCGAUAAUUUACGAGGAAGAGGCGGUAAAUUUUGGAUUUUAUUGCGAGCAAAGUUCGGAUUUUACAAGCGUGAAGCUGCCAGUGUCGUCCAUGGAGGGAGGAGGGAGUUGGAGAGUGAUAGCGGCUGUCGUCUUGAUCCAUUUCUUUGUAGAGGACGCUGUGUCGGCAGCAUGUGAGAACCACAGUCCUCUGUGCGGGAAGAACCCAGGCUGGCCCACCACUGAGAUGUGCGCCACCAAUUACGUCCGCGACAAGUGCCACCAGUUCUGCGGCAUCUGCUCUUGCCCGCAGCAGCCGGCCUGUCAGAACGGAGGUCGGCGGGGAGGCAACCCGGAGAACUACGGCAACAGGACGUGCGACUGCAACUGUGUGGGGCUGUGGAGCGGGCAGACCUGCUCAGAAUGCCAGGCGAGAUGUCUGAAUGGUGGCACGUUGGACCGCGCCACGUGCACCUGUAAAUGCACACCUGGAUGGGAUGGGGAUCAGUGUCAAGACCCCUGUGUGGACAAGAGCCCUCUCUGCGGAGCUAAUCCAGGCUGGCCCACCCAGGACUCCUGCAAGACGAGCUAUGUGAGAGACAACUGUCACGCCUUCUGUGGUGUCUGUGAGACAAGUGCUGUCACUUCGGGAGGCUGCAAGAAAAUCUGUCGAAAUGGCGGGACGCUGUACCCAGAAUCCUGUGUGUGUGAGUGUGGACCCGGGUGGUUGGGAGACCAGUGUACCGAACCGUGUGAGAACAAGAGCCCGUUGUGUGGCGCGAGUCCGGGCUGGCCUACAACAGACCUGUGCUCCAACAACUACGUCACAACUAACUGUCCACUCUUCUGCGGAAAAUGCGAGUGCCAGGAGUCGCCCAAGUGUCGGAACGGUGGAUACCGCGGGAACAACCCGUCCAAGUACGGAGACAGGAGCUGCGAGUGUAACUGUGCCGGGCUGUGGAGCGGACCCACGUGUGCAGAGUGUAAUGUGCGGUGUGCAAACGGCGGGAGGCUGGACCGGUCCACCUGCACAUGCGCCUGUACACCUGGCUGGGACGGAGACCUCUGUGACAAGCCGUGUACGAACGCCAGUCCUCUGUGUGGAGCAAACCCAGGCUGGCCGACAGCGGACUCCUGUCGAUCAGACUACGUGGUUAACAACUGCCACCAGUUCUGCGGAGAGUGCAGUUGUCCCACGUACCCCGCGUGUCGGAAUGGCGGAGCGCGAGGCGGCAAUCCCAAGAACUACAUGAACAGCACCUGUGACUGCAACUGUGCGGGGAUGUGGAAGGGACCAACAUGCGAAGAAUGUAGAAUACACUGUGAGCAUGGCGGGGUAGUGGACUUCACCACUUGUUCGUGCCUGUGUUCCCCCGGCUGGGACGGUCCGCUCUGCACAGAGAGGUGUGAAGACAAGCACCCGUACUGCGGUGCCAACCCAGGCUGGCCCACCGUGGAGUCGUGCAACACGGACUAUGUACGGGAGAACUGCCACGCCUUCUGUGGAGUUUGUCAAGUGAACAAGGGUAAGCCAACAGGGUCCAUUUUGAAGCCCAAACCCACCAACAUACAAGGGGACGGGCCGGGCACUGUCAACUUCUGCAUCACCGCCCCCUGUCGGAACGGCGGAACCUGCAUCCCCAUGAAGACUGGGUUCCGCUGUAACUGCCUCCAGGGGUUUGAAGGCGCCCGCUGUGAAAUACGAACAGACUGCAAGUUUUCCUUCGACCUUGUGUUCCUUGUGGACGGAUCCACCAGUGUCGGUCCGAACGAGUUCGACAAGUCCAAGGCCUUCCUGCGGAACGUCAUCAACCAGUUCCAGAUCGGACCAGACGCCACCAAGGUCGGUGUGAUUCAGUACAGCAGCACGGUGCGCGAAGAGUUCUCCCUGAACCGUUACCUGACCAAACAGGACGUCAUGCGCGCCAUCGACAGGAUCCCGUUCCUGGGCGGGUUCACCCGGACCGGCGAGGCCAUCACCUUCAUGAAGCAGCACAGCCAGUUCCGCGGGAACGUGCCCAAGAUAGCCAUCGUCAUCACGGACGGCAGGGCGCAGGAUGACGUCAGCUACCCGUCGCAGAUGGCUCACGGCGCAGGCGUCAUCAUGUACGCCAUCAGCGUGGGAAGCGUCAACAUGAACGAGCUGAAACUGAUCGCCAGCGCGGAGCGCUACAUCACCACCGUGUCGGACUUCGACGCGCUGUCCACGCUCACACUCAGUCUCACCGAACAAAUCUGCCGGGGUGCUGCUGACACCUGCCAGGUGCCAGUGCUUCAGUUUGAGGACUGUCUGAGUGAAAUGCUGUCCAAGUGUUACUCUCUGGACGGACACAACAGCAGGGUGGUCCGGGUCGAGUCAACAGGUAACGCCAACACCUGCGACAUCCCCAUACGGCAGUACGAGGAGUGCGCCAAGGAGGCCAUCGCCACAUGCAACCGUGUGCGCAUGCGCGGGCGAGCCAACAGGGGGAAAAGGUCGGCGACGUUCGCCUCUGACGACGGAGACACGUCCAGAGGUCUCCCCGGACUGUCCGCCGUCGCCGCGGUGGGGGCCGUGGUCGUCCUGACGCUGGUCGGUCUCGGCAUCACGCACUGCCUCAAGAAACCUACAAGAACGGCGAAAUGAGUCCCGCCAUUGCUAACAGUAAUUGAUCGUCUACAACUUUGUGUAGAAGACUUGUUGAGUCUUGUCGACCCUUUACAAGAGAGGUUCUUGUGUAGCUUGCGCUCCCAGAUCUAUCUUCGACGCACGUACGGCCUGUGAAGAAUGUAUCCUACUUGUAACCUCGGAACUUCACAGCUCUAGAAAGAGACGGAUAAAGGCGUGCGGUAAUGUGUAGCGUAUGUAUCUAUAUCUGAAGGACCCGGUAGGAACAAAAGUUAGCUACAUUUAUUUCAGAAGAGAUUUUUUGUUGUUGAAACAUCAAAAAGAAAUUUAAAAAAAAAACAGAUCUUCCUCAAUCACUGUUCGGUUUUAUUUUUGCAUGCCCGUGUAGCUAUCUAUUGGUAUUUUCUGAACAUCAUAACAAGGGGAAUUCCGGCAGCUAUGUCGUUACGUGUUGUAAUGGGCACCACAAGACUGUGUCUUCUAAAGCAGCGACCUUUUUCGUCUUUCUGAACUAGUCCACUACAGGGUACA